AUUUACAAACUAAUUAGGACUCUAAGGAUUAAUAUUUUUCUCUGGAACAUGGUUACAAUUAUUUAUGUUAAAAGGUGCUCUUUAUACACACAAAAUGAAACGUAGAAAAAAUAGAACAAAGAAAAUCAAACAAGUGCGUCCUGGUACAGAAGUCAUGUCAUGGGAUUGCUUCAUAAAGGUUCCAAACUCUUGAAAAUAAUUCUGGAUUCCCUGGAAGAUCAAGAGGGUGGAGCUAUGUAUAUAUCGUGCGAUGUCUCAAAUGGUGGUCCUGUGGAACCAGAAACGGGAUACGUUCCCAAUAAUCCAUUAUUCGGCUUGGCGUUGGAUAGUCCACAGCAAGAGUGUGCUGCAUCCUGCGUCGGCUGUUUAUCCUGCCAAGGUAGUACCGUCCUACCCAUAUCCUCAUUAACAUCUAACGAUUUCGAUUGUGGUUCCUGUUUCGAUCCGACUACUAGUGUACUCGGAUCAGCACAAAAUAACUCUCAAGGCAAUCUCAUAGUUAAUAGCAGUAGCAGUAAUAGCUAUUGGACAACUGAUGAAAUGGCUUCGACAUUUCCAGGACUACCAACACUAGAUAUUGAUCCAUUACCGAGUCUUUUUCCCUUUUCACCGUGUGGUGCUUCCUAUAAUUUCUCAACAAAUCCACAUCAGGCUUCGCUCUCUUGUACUGUACAUCCGCACCAAAUGUUGAUAUCGCCUAAUAGCCAUCAGCAAGGCACAGUACAAAGUCAGCAGACAUCGCACGGCAAUGCAUUCAGUUCCACAGCACAAUCAUGUUAUUAUGAUCCAACAAGUGUUGCUACUGUUACAACAGGCACCGGUGGUACAACUCCUUGUGGUCAGCACAUGAAUGCAAAUAACGCACCGCCAAUGUAUCCAAGCAUGAGUGUCAAUGUAAGCAUGAAUAUGACUAUGCAUGGUUAUGGCACAGAUGCGGGAAUGCCAAUGCAAUGCUCGCAGAUGCAAUGGACACCUCCAAAUUCUUCAUCGGCUGUUAAUGUUUUAUAUCCACCACUGCUUAGCCCAACACAUUAUCCUGCUGCAGCCACAUACUCUUUUACCGCAGAUUUUCGUACACCCAAUCUACAAUCAAAUCAAAAUGCAACGAAUGUGCUACCCAGUCUAACUGAAGCGCUAGAAAAAGAGUCGCCACCACUGAGCAUAACACCAAAACCUUUCUUUACAAACACACAAAUUGGUCAAAGUUAUUCACCACCCGCAAAGAGUCCAGUGUACUCACAGAUACGUGACACAAAGUCUUUUGGCGCUGUUGUUGAGAACGAAGAUGAAGACAGUAAUGAGGAAGGCUCUGAAUCAAAAUCAAAUCUCUGUCGUUUAUGUGGUAAAACCUAUGCGCGUCCAAGUACACUUAAAACCCAUUUAAGGACACAUUCCGGUGAACGACCUUAUAGGUGUCCCGAUUGCAAUAAGAGCUUCUCACAGGCUGCCAAUUUGACGGCACACGUACGCACACAUACCGGACAGAAACCAUUCCGUUGUCCUAUUUGUGAUAGACGUUUUUCACAAAGUUCCAGCGUCACCACGCACAUGAGAACCCAUUCAGGGGAACGUCCAUAUCGUUGCAAUUCGUGCAAAAAAUCCUUUUCGGACAGUUCAACACUAACCAAGCACUUACGUAUACACAGUGGUGAGAAGCCAUACCAAUGCAAAUUAUGUUUACUCAGAUUUUCACAAUCAGGCAAUUUAAAUCGGCACAUGCGCGUUCAUGGCACCAACAAUAAUGGCAAUAAUUUAAUCACAUGACAAAAGCCACGCAGUGCAGGCGGUUUU